CAAGGGGUGGGGUGGGAUGGGGUGCCCUUGCGGAGGCCGGGAUUGUCUGUGCUGUGGGCUCCGCGCGGGCCUGGGUCCCCGGAGUGCGUUGAGGUCGGUUGGAGUCCGGGCAUGGCCCGGAACCGGCUGGCUCUGUUGCUGCCUCCUCUACUGCUCCUGGGUCUGGUGUCCCCUACUCAGAUCAGCCCGGAGUACCAGUAUUUUGGCCAGGAGGGCGAAGGCGACACCUGGGAGCUGCUGAGGCAGCAGCGAGAAAAGGUAGUGGAAGACUCAGUCCUAGGCCCGUGGGGAAAGUGGCGUUGUUUCUGCGAUCUGGGCAAACAGGAACGCAGCCGUCAGGUGCUGGGCACAGCACCAGUCCCUGUGUUCAUGGACCGGGAGAACCUGAUACAGCUGAGGCCCUGCCGGCAACAGGACUGUUCAUCUUGCAAACCGAUGGACUGCGACUGGCGGGCCUGAGCAGAGCCACUGAGGGCCUGGCUCCGGCUGCAACAGAGCGGAGUUUGCAAAGUGACCCCGCCUACCCUGGACUACAAACCACGCCCUUAGCGGUAGCUCUCGAAGACUACAAUUCCCAG